AAAGAAGGAAGGAAGAAAGAGAGAGGGAAGGAGGAAGAGGAGGGAAGGAAGGCAGAAAGAAGGAAAGCUGCUUUGUCUCAGGCAGACUAAUAGGAAAGCAAUUUUUGCUUGCAAACCUCCUUCAAGGGAAUGAGAGGUAUUCUCCGUGACCCUGGGGCCAGGCCAACCUUGAAUUCAAAAAUCCUCCACGCUGAUGGCAGAAAGUAGGAAGAAUCCCGCCUGAGCGUUGCAAGGCCAUUGGCGGGCACUGCUGGUCCCUCCCCUGCGGGAAGGAUCACUGCUCACCUGUUUUUUUGUUUGUUUGUUUAUUUGUUUGUUUGUUUUAUUAGCCAUUGUGUUUCUUUUCUUUGUGCUGUUCUUCUCCAUCCUCAGUAAGCAUGAGAGUUUUUACACUAUUUCUUUUUCAUAUUCUGCUACAAAUGGGAUAAUCAGAAAGAUUAGGGCUAGGAUCAGAAGUCAAAUUUAGGUUCACACAUGACAAAACUUCAACAAUUCACAUUUCACCAGUUCUAAUGAUUGCUGUCAUUUGUUGCUGUCAUCCAAUGGGUGCAUUUUAGUUUCAAGGGAUAUGCCUCUUUUAUCUGCUGGAGGUCUCAGACAGUGUCUGAGUCAACUCUCUGCCAACUCCUCAGUCACCCUGAGGAUAGCAGAUGCACAGGCUCAGGCUGGGGUUUAGGGUCCACCCCACAUACUCCCACUUGCCCUUGGCAUUGGCCCCAUGGGUGGACCACGGAGGUGGGUGCUCUAUGGCAACAGUCUUUCUUCAGCAGAGUGGAGAGGGAGAGGCAUGUUCUGCCGCGCCCAUGUUCAGUCUGUUCUGUGGGCAGAGUUUGGGGAACACACUUAGCCCAAAUCGGUGCCAGCCUGGCAGUGGGUGAAGGGCCAGCAAGGUUUGUCUGUGGCUCAUGACCUUAGGGAAAAUGAGAUUUUACUCCUCCAACCUCCUGCCUGGAGAACUGCACUGUUUCAGAUAGGUAACAGCUUUCUCGAAGCUUUCAAAAAUAAAAAUAAAACCUUUAACGUACAUAGCUGCCAGAAAGUCCUUCCUGGAAGCCAACUUGCGCCCUUUGUGCUUAUUUUAUUUUGGCCAACCCUCCCUGGAGCAUGUGCACCAGAUACGAUAACCUUCCACCAAACCGGGACCUCUCAGAUCUCGGCUUUUCAGAACAAAGAAUUCGGAUUUCCUUAGCCUUUCAUCAUCAUCUUAUCACCCAAACCUUUCAUUAUCUUUUUCAAUUUUUUCUUUGAACUCUUUCCAAAACUUGUCUUUUGAGUUACGGAGCCCGUAACUUAAUUAGAUCUUUCAUUUCCAGAGGAUACUCCUAGUGCCUCAGAAGAAAUAAAUUAAAUUUCAGUUGGAUGUAUUUCAUUGGGGGAAGGGUGCAGAAAAAAAAAGAAAUUGAAUUCCUUAUAUAAAUAGCACAUUGUCUGGUGCCACAAAUGCGUUUUCCUUUUCCCAGUUGUUUUUGGAACAAUGGGUCCUUUUUUGGUGACUUUAAUUCCUCAGAGAUUCUAACCUCUAAAAGGUCAUGGUUUGUGUUCUUUUGUGCAUACACGGCUUCUGUACUGAAAAAAAAAGGCGAGAUGUGUGGCCUCUGAUUGUCUGGUAAGUCGUGAGGAAACAGACAAGGCUGCAGCCCAGCAGCAGUUAAGCACCUUGUCAGAGUGUGGGAAUGAGCAUGUGUGGGUCUCUGUGCUUCCAGCCUUUUCUGCACCAGAUGUUCCAAGGGGAGCAGAGGGAUCUGUCUUGCUUCUCCGUAACUUCAUCUCUCUACAAAAAGCCUUGGCAUCCACGGGAGGAAGAAGUGUUCAGGCAGCAUGUGACUGGUUGGUUAUUCUCCCACGUCGGUGACCCCUUCCUGGAUGACCCCCUGCCCCGGGAGUACGUCCUCUACCUCCGUCCCACUGGCCCCUUAGCACAGAAGCUUUCCGACUUUUGGCAGCAGUCGAAGCAGAUCUGUGGGAAGAACAAGGCACACAACAUCUUUCCCCACAUCACACUCUGCCAGUUCUUCAUGUGCGAGGACAGCAAGGUGGAUGCCCUGGGGGAAGCCCUGCAGACCACGGUCAGUCGCUGGAAAUGUAAGUUCUCCGCCCCGCUGCCCCUGGAGCUCUAUACGUCCUCCAACUUCAUCGGCCUCUUCGUAAAGGAAGACAGUGCGGAGGUCCUCAAGAAGUUUGCUGCUGACUUUGCUGCAGAGGCUGCAUCCAAAACCGAAGUGCAUGUGGAACCUCAUAAGAAGCAGCUACAUGUGACCCUGGCUUACCACUUCCAAGCCAGCCACCUACCCACCCUAGAGAAACUGGCCCAGAACAUUGACGUCAAGCUAGGGUGUGACUGGGUGGCUACCAUAUUUUCUCGGGAUAUCCGAUUUGCUAACCAUGAGACAUUACAGGUCAUCUACCCCUAUACCCCACAAAAUGACGACGAGCUGGAGCUGGUCCCCGGGGACUUCAUCUUCAUGUCUCCAAUGGAGCAGACCAGCACCAGCGAGGGCUGGAUCUACGGCACGUCCUUAACCACCGGCUGCUCUGGGCUCCUGCCUGAGAAUUACAUUACCAAGGCUGAUGAAUGCAGCACCUGGAUAUUUCAUGGUUCUUAUUCAAUCUUAAAUACAUCAUCGUCCAACUCUCUCACAUUUGGGGAUGGAGUAUUGGAGAGGCGGCCGUAUGAGGACCAGGGGCUCGGGGAGACGACUCCUCUUACUAUCAUCUGCCAGCCCAUGCAGCCGCUGAGGGUCAACAGCCAGCCCGGCCCCCAGAAGCGAUGCCUCUUUGUGUGUCGGCAUGGUGAGAGGAUGGAUGUUGUGUUUGGGAAGUACUGGCUGUCCCAGUGCUUCGAUGCCAAAGGCCGCUACAUACGGAGCAACCUGAACAUGCCUCAUAGUUUACCUCAGCGGAGUGGUGGUUUCAGAGAUUACGAGAAAGAUGCUCCCAUCACUGUGUUUGGAUGCAUGCAAGCGAGACUAGUGGGCGAAGCCUUAUUAGAGAGCAAUACCAUUAUCGAUCAUGUCUAUUGCUCCCCGUCCCUUCGCUGCGUUCAGACUGCACACAAUAUCUUGAAAGGUUUACAGCAAGAAAAUCACUUGAAGAUCCGUGUAGAGCCCGGCUUAUUUGAGUGGACAAAAUGGGUUGCUGGGAGCACGUUACCUGCAUGGAUACCUCCAUCGGAGUUAGCUGCAGCCAACCUGAGUGUUGAUACAACCUACAGACCUCACAUUCCAGUCAGCAAAUUAGUUGUUUCAGAAUCCUAUGAUACUUAUAUCAGUAGAAGUUUCCAAGUAACAAAAGAAAUAAUAAGUGAAUGUAAAAGUAAAGGAAAUAACAUCCUGAUUGUGGCCCACGCAUCUUCCCUUGAAGCUUGUACCUGCCAACUUCAGGGUCUGUCACCUCAGAACUCCAAGGACUUCGUACAAAUGGUCCGAAAGAUCCCAUAUCUGGGAUUUUGUUCCUGUGAAGAAUUAGGAGAAACUGGAAUAUGGCAGCUGACAGAUCCACCAAUCCUUCCUCUUACCCAUGGACCAACUGGGGGCUUCAACUGGAGAGAAACCUUGCUUCAAGAAUAAACCACACCAGUGAACAAGACGGAAAGGCCUUUUGGAGACGUGUCUCUUUGUGUGUUUAAAAAUCCACACCACAUUCUAAGUGGACAGCUCAGAAUAAUUUAGCAUUUCCUUUCACACUUAAAGUUCUUAAGAUGAGACUGUGUAAAUGAGAGAAAGACUUGAUUCAGAGGAAAAAAAAUGUGUUCUCUCUGGACUCUUGCCUAGCUCACAAGGCUUUGGAGAAUUGUCUCCCUAACUUGGGGCACCUGCUACAGAAGAGAAUGUUUCGUUCCUUCCAGGUAUGCACAGCUAAGGGGCCUCAUUCCUCCCAGAGGGAGCUGCUGGCCCGCUCUAAGGGGUACAAGAGGAAGGAGUGUGCCCAGACCAGCUGGGGGAGCAUUGAAAGGGCAGUUUGGGGAUGGAAUUUUUUUUUGAUCUCCAUUUUCCAGUUAGGCAGAGCCAAGCUGAGGAAUCAUUUUAAGAUUAUUAGAAAACAUGCCCUGAAGAGAGUUGUUCUUAGGUUACACGUGAAAUCCUACCCUCAUAGCCCCCAUACACCGGUGUUGCUGGCUGAAGACACCUGCUUAAGGAUGCUAACAUUUACCCUGGUACUGCCACAUUCUCUCUAGAGCAGCUGGCCCUUCUUGCUACAGCCCUUCCCACCCCGUUGCUUCUGUGAAAUGGGGAGACAAAGCACUUUUGCUCUCCAAAGCACUUUUGGAUACUCAGGAGGAAAGAUAAGAUACGUGUUUGAAGUAUUCAAUCAUAGGAGCAAAGAACUUGCAAAAUAUGAAGUGACUUGGAAUUACCCGUGUUGUAGCCUAAUGUGCUACUGCAUUUCUAAAUCACCAAUAUUUGCUUGUCUUUGCCUAGGGGCAAAGCCUAGACUCUAGACUCAUAGUCUAGAAGUCUAGACUCUAGACUAUGUUAACUAGUUAAGGAUGUUACAUUUUGAAAGGAUGUAUGUUAGAUAUAUUACUUGCAGCAAGAAGUUCACUCUGUGCAAUAUGGACGUGUUUGCAAACCAUACCAAGGGUCAGGUUGCUGUACACUUACAGUACAUGUCAACCAUAACAGAACAUCCACAAAUGCAUCAAUUAUACCAGGGAUGUAUAGUAAGUCAGGGAACUAAUAUAAAUGAUGACAGUCAUGGCUGCACUGCUACUUGUGCUGUCGUUUUGUUUGUUUUUCUAUGGUAAUUUAAAAUAUAUAGGUAGGGCUACUUGAGGAAAUUUGGAGAGCCACAUUCUGUGGUUUCUCAUUAUACUUCCUGCAUUUAGAGGGAGUUUAUUUAAAAGAAAAAUAAAUGACAAUCAAACCAAAUCAUCAGUUAUCAAUGUCUGUUUAAUUGUGUGACUAUAUGACUGUUGAUGGCCACAGACGAUGGUCUCCUAUGGUAUAGUUCACUCUGUAGAAGAUGUAUGCAAAGUGAAAUGCCAGCCCUUUAAAGAAACAGUAGUUAAUGUAAAAUGAAUGUUUGUAUGUUGCAGUAGCAUUGACUGUGUUUCAAAACUCAGAUGCAUAAAACGUGAGGUAUAUAAAAAUAGAUCUAUGCCUGUAUUUGAAACUACAACUUGAUAACCCCUAGAAAGAAGAGGACAUGAAAGGAUGCUGGGUAUAUAUGUUAAUCAGCAAAAGGAUUACAGUUGUUUUGUUCUGUUUUUAGAGACAGGGUCUCACUAUAUUGCUUAGGCUGGUCUUGAACUCCUGGGCUCAAGCGAUGCUCCUGCCUCUGUCUCCCAAAGUGCUAGGAUUACAGGUGUGAGCCACCACACCUGGCCCAUAGUUGUAUUUUUUAGGUCACUUAGAAAAAUAUGUCAUGCAUUUUACAUUUUGAGAAACAAAUCAUGGUUUCUUCUAGCAUUGCACAAACAUUGACCCAGCUUCUGGGUAUGGAAAUAACCCUGUGGUGACAUGUUAAUAUAAAAUGUUGGAGGGGAAUAUUCCCAGUAAAGGUCUUAAAAGAAAAGUCACAUUACAGCUAAUGUAAUGGCCCUACCAUUCAUUCUUCUGGUAUUUGUAAUGAAGUGAAUCCACUGUUUAAUCAGAUCCAUAAUCUUUAACAGAUUCACCACAAAUUUUUUGUGAGUGUUGAGUGCUCAGAAUAAUGCUUGAACGCUUCACCUUGAAACUGUAGCAGUGUGUUCUGGGCAGUAUCUGUAAUGUAUGAAAUAGAGUCUGGAAUAGGUUAUCCACUCCAUCUCUCUAGGUUAUCUUAGUCAUAUGAUGGCCUGAUAAAUCUGUCUGACUGGGCUACAAUCCAUUGUUCUUAGUCCAAUAUGGACACUGCCUUAGGCAAUGGUCUAUAUAAGCAAAAGGAGAUAGAGAUCUGAAAUAAUUUUCUGAAUAAUUUAGGUGGAAAACAAGAAAGAGUGUAUUUCUCUGCUUUCAUUUCAAUUUCAUUAUUUCAAAUUGCUUAUCAAAAUGGCCCAAAAGAUCUGAAUUCACAUUAAGUUCUCCUUGCACACUUACCUACUUAAAAAACUAAACUUGCACUGCAACUGAGAAAUUAUUUGGAAAUCAUGUGGAAUCUAUGUAUAAUCAAAGAAACAGACAGCUAUAUUACUCAAUUUCAUAUACAUCCAAAAAGUAUAGGCUAAUAUUAUAUAUAACCUGAAGUUGCAGCUGGUUCUUUUUGUUCUGAAGCUGAUGCUUAUUAGAACAAAUGAUGUAUGGGGACAGGAGAAGGAAGGAAGGGCAAGGAAGGAAUUGACAGAUAAGAAGCAAAUGGUUUCUUGUAGAGAGGAAUUUUGUUUUAAUGUAGAAAGUUAUUUGAAAUGAACUAGGUGAAAUGAAAUUUACUAAAGGUUUUAAUCUGGGAUUGAAAGCCUGAAACCGUUUCCUGCUUCUACAAGUGUGCCACAUCAAUCCGGUAAUGCCCCAGUGUUAGUCACAGAUAGAACUUUGUUUCCUGUGAUUUUAAAAUACCGCAUCUGUUCCUCCAUGGACUAGAGUAAUUGGCACAUUUUAAUGCAUAAGCUGGGGGUUUCAUUUUCCCAGGCUCUCUUCACCAUCACUGCAUUGGUAGCUAGGAGCUUAUUGCUUCACCCCAGUAUGGAGUUCAGAUUACAGUGUUUUCCAUUACAUUUAGAUUCAUAGAAUCUGAAUGGCUGAUUAAAUGGCCAUCUGAUGGCUGAAAGAGGGGCGUAUUUUUCACUCUGUAGUGAAAGGCUUGGAGGAGUUUCUACUUUUUAUUUUAAUUAUACUUUAACCAAAGAAUUAUUUUAAAGUAACCUUAUAUUUGAAAGAUGAUUUUGCAAAAAAUAAAAAAUAAAAAAUAUGUCUUCUGGAGUGAUGUCUGUUUGGUAAAUCAUUGUUGAUAAUUUCCUUGUUAGUGGUAUUUGGAAUGCAUAUAGAUUGUCCUGUCACUGUGUUUAGCAUUACCAUAAAUGUAUCUUUUCCACUCAACUAGCUGUAUUCGUAUUAAAAUGAAGUCUGUUAUUUCAAUUACCUAGUGUCGUUGGGAACUAAUUGAACAGCUACAGUAAGAGAAGUUCCUAUCUCAUUGCCUUUGUGGAAAGGCUUCCCUAUGUGGUAAAAGGAAGGCAUUCCUCCGUAACCUAGGCACUCUGCAAGUCCAGUGUUUAAUUUCAAAGCAGUGAUGAAUUGCUCUUUUGAAAUUACUCUAAGUAAUCCAUGUGUUAGAAUACAGAUGAACCUCCAUUUGAUUUCACAGGCUUCAGCACAGACAACUGUUACUGAGUCUGCACGAACUUAGAUAAUGAGGUGCAGGGUUAUUUGCAUUUAAAUUGUAAUCCAGCACACGUGUGAGAGAGAAGAGGCGCUAGUCUAAAAGGCUGCCUUGCGGGGAGAGAUGAGACAGGCGGAGGAGGGUGGGGUAAGGAGCGAUGUAACAUCUAUUUAGGUUAAUGUUCACUUUACAAAGGUGAUGGGGAUAUUUUGUUAGGUGAUAGCAGAUGCUUUUCAUUUUUAAACAUAGGAUUAAAAUUGGAUUUGCUUCUCUUUAAUACUUCAACAUAUUGAAUUUUCCUAGGAAAGUGACUAGCUAUAAUGAAAAUUCAAGGGAAAGGGGAAAAAGAUUGUCUGUAAAUGCAGAUGAAAUAACUUCAUUUUAAAAUACAAAUAAUAGUAGGUUUGGUGUAUGUAGGUUUAAAAUUAUAGUGAUGAGUAGUCAAACUUAAUAUACAAUCAGUUCUUACAAAUAUUUUACACUUAGCUGCCAUUACACAACAAAUUGGAAUUUUGCAGCUGUUCAACUAUCAUGGACUCUGUACAGGAUAGACGUGUAUAAUGGGAAAUAUGUACUGCUUCUUUCUUUGAUUGCCACUCAAGAUGGAAACACCAUGCCAAGGCAUUUUGGUUAUACACAGAUCAUUCUAAACCUGUUAUUUUGGAGAGGUAUAUUGGUUUCUUUCUCAUUUAUAAGGCUAUUGUAUUUUUUUCUAUGUGAUUCAGGUGUAUUUAUUUGAAGACUAUUUGUAAUUAUAGGAAAACCACACCUACCUGUAUUGCCAAAUUCUUUGUAAACUCUCCGUGGCAUUCGUGCUUUCCUGGCUGAGAGCUCUCCCCUGUUGAUACAGCUAUGGCACCAUUGUAAUUACAGGUGCACCUUUCAGGUGCAUCUCCAUUAAAUGGUUCCUAGAUGAUUUAAUAAAAAGAAACUUCUUAGUUGA